CAAUGGAGCCCUGGUAGAGCUUACUGUGCGCGUUGCAAGUAAAUUUUAACUGUCUUUUUAUUUUCUAAAGCAUUUGCUUCCAUCUGUGAGCUCGAUUGAGCGUUUGUACUGUUUAGCACAUAAGCGUUGCGCAACAAACGCGGCUUGUGUGAAGGUAACACAGUGAUAUCGCGUUUUGUAAACAUGUCUGAACGUUCCAAAGGUGACGUGUCGUCGUCGUCGCGCGUCAACAACAAUGCAGCAGCAGGUCGUGUUGUUAAAAAUCCAUUGCUAAGCGCAUCCGUGACGGGUCUCAGUUUUGACGACUUUCCCAAUAAGCCGCUCCUGCUGCCAGCAGCGCCGCCCGUGGUGCAUGCACCGCCCCCGCAACCCACAAACGCUCUCAUCGCUGGCAUUCUCAAUCGCGAGCCCAAAACGUUGGUGACUGUGGGACAAUCGUCGAGCAUUGAUGACAACGAAACGCUUGACGAGAUCAACUUGAACGCAAGCAGCAGCGACGACUCUGCUGUCGUCGCCGCCGCUGUAGCCAACAGCGCCAACAAUUCAUAUCUAAGUGCGGGCGAUGCUAAUGCAAAUCCCUUGCUAGAUCCCCCAACCAAUACUGACUCUUUGCUAAGCCAGGCGGCCUCUUCAUUUGGUGCAUUGCCCUCGGUGGCAUCCAACGUUUUCUCCACCUUCUCGAAACGCAUCUACGCAGGCAGCCAAAGGGAAGCAACAGACGAACAGCAGCCACAAUUGGACAUACAACCGACUUACAUACAACAAGCAACUCAUUUGCCACCACCAGCUGCAGUUGCGCCUCCGCCCUUCUAUGCUGCACCGCCUUCGACAGUAGGUGAAGCUGCACCGGAGCCACCAAAAUUCUAUGCGCCCACUGAGCUGCCGAACCUGAGCGCAGCUCCUGCAGUGCCGCCAACAGCUGGUGGACAAAAUACGUAUCGUAACACCGCCAGAAAGAAGAUCUACGCGCCCAUUCCCGGUUUCUCCGAGCAACAGCAAGCAGCUCCUCAACCAGCUGCAUUACCGUUUGCCACACCACCAUAUCCAGCACAGCCAGCUGUAGCCACCUUUGAGCCACCGGCCCCAGCUCCAGCUCCUGUGCAGGAAGAACGCAAGUCUGGCGGCGGUCUCUUCUCGCUGACCAACUUGGUGCCAAGUGGAGUGCUGCAAAACAUCUCUGGAUUAGUGCAAUCAGCUACAGGUCGCAGUUCCGAGUCAGCUCCGCAAGCUCCUCCAGCUGCAACUUACAACGCUCCAAGUCCUGGUUACUUUGACAUUAGCACCUCCUCGGGCGGCAAUUUCUUUGCACCCGCUCAGGCAUCAACUGAUUACUUUGCACCCACUGCCACUGCACCACCCACUGUCGGUGGUUUCUUCAAUCCUGCUGCAGUAGCUGCACCAGCUGCUCCUCCUGCAGUUGGCAGCUUCUUUAAUCCCACUGAAGUUGCUGCUCCACCUGCUGUCGGGGGAUACUUUAAUCCGCUGCCUGUUGCCGCAGCUCCAGAAGUAGUUGCUCCGCCGUCUGCCGUUGUUCCACCCUCGGCGGUCUCAGGACCACCAGCUGCCGUUUUUCUACCCUCGGCAGUCUCAGGACCACCAGCUGUAGCUCUUCUACCAACUACUUCAUUACCUUCAACCGUACUUCCACCAGCGGUUGUAGCUCCUUCUUUGGCAGCUGCUCCGCCACCAGUUGCAGCACUACCGCCAGCAUCAACACCGUUCCCGGCAGUUGCUCCUCCACCGGCAGUUGCUCCAGCCGUUUCGCAAUCACCCAUUGGAACUGUUAGUCAACCACUCACAGUAGCUGCUCCGGUAAUUUCCUCAGCAGCUCCUCCAGUAGCUUUCGCAGGAGCUCCACCAGCUCAGUCUCUCUUCGGAGCUCCUUCAUCAACUUUUGGACAACCAUCUUUAGCAGCUCCUCCAACAGCUGUUAGUCAACCACUUUCAGUAACUGCUCAAGGAGUUUCAUCAGCAGCUCCUCCACCAGUAGCUCAGUCUCUUUUCGGAGCUCCUCCACAAGCUGUUAGUCAACCAUUUGCAGUAGCUGCUCCGCCAUUUGCUCAGCCACCAGCUCAGCUAGCACCUCAACUACCACCUCAAGUUGGGAGCGUUCCAUCCCUCGGUCCACCAACAGGAGCAGCACCUGCUGUACCCCCUCCGGCAGCGGGACAAACUUCAUAUCGCCUGCAGAAGGGUACCCGUCUGUACAAAAGUCCGUUGACAGCCCAGGAAACCGCAACGCCAAUCGGAGCCUUUGGACAACAAGCUGGUUUUACAGCCAGUCCCUUUGCACCCACAUCGGUAGCGCCAACAGCGGCUAUCUUUAAUCCUUUCGGAGCACCGACCACUGGAGUUGAUUUAUUUGCUGCUCAACCAACAUAUCCUGGACACCAGCCAGCUCCGUCAAUUCAGCAAUUGCCGCCGUCGGUCUUUCCGCCAGUUCCACAGCAACCACACAUUAGCUCAACAGCGGAGCCAACGCAAGGAGUACCUCUCUAUCCACCAGCAGCUGAACAAACAAUCACACAGCCAGCUCCUCCAAAGUCAGAGCCAGCACAACCUAAACUAGAGCCAACUUCGGCAAAUCCACAGCCAAGUCAGCAAGUUGCUCCCAUCAGUGCAUCGCUCUUUGCGCCAGUACCAACGCAGGAGGUUUCUCUCGUUGCCAGCUCUGUAGUUGAACCAGCAGUUCAUCUUUAUCCACCAACUGCAUCACAAACGCUUGCACAGCAAUCUCCGCCUAAACCGGAACAAAGUCAAGAAGGUCCUAUCAGCGCUUCGCUUUUUGCGCCAGUUUCAACGCAGGAUCUCUUUGCCAGCUCCGCAGCUGAAACAGUACCAGAACUUUCCUCUUAUCCAGAAUCCAGCACAGUUCCAGCACAAGAGGUUCCCCUCUAUCCACCAGCUGCAGAAACAACGCAGCCUAAGCCAGAGCCAACUCAAGAAGUUCCUCCCAUCAGCGCAUCAUUCUUUGCGGCUGUUCCAACACAGGAAAUUCCUCUGUUUCCAAGCUCUGCAGUCGAGGCAGCAUCAGGACCAUCUGAUCCACAAUCGCUUGUAGCUCGCGUUGAGAGUAAGGUAGAUCAAACUACUUCUCAGCAAGUUCCGCUCUUUGCUGCACCGCCAACAACAACAGCAUUCGAAGCAGCUUCCCAGCUCUUGCCCAGCUCCACAGCUGAAACAACACAAAACUUACCUUAUCCUCCCGUAUCAGGACUUUUUACGCCGCAGAUUCCUAUCGAACCGCUGCAAGCACAGAUCAGUCAGCAAGUUCCCUUGUUUACUGCACCGCCAACAAGUGCUGCACAGGAAAUAGGACUGUUUCCAAGUUCCACAGCUAAAAGCGCUUCAUUCUUUGCUUCAGCGCAGAUAGAAACAUCGAGCAUUCCCAAGACAAACUCGUCGGCAACUCUUCAAGAAGUAAAUAAGGCCGAAGCUGAAGCGACAGAACCUUCGAGUGAUUUUACUGAAAGCACACCAUUAUUUGUGCCUGUGCCAACAGCUGAAACUACCCAAGAAGUUGAGCUUUAUCCUCCUGCAGCUGCUACUAAUAUCAGUCAGGAAUCUUCAGUUAACCUUACAACCGGUAGUCUCUUUGGAGCACCGCAAGUCACUCAAGAGCCUGUAGCUCCAAUCGGCAACGUUGCUCCACCAUCAGCUAGCGAUUUCUUUGCUCUACCACCUCAAUCCAUCGACGCCACAAGCGCUGCGUUGACCACACAAACGACUACAACAUUCUUCAAUCCUUUCGCGCAGACCAUUACGACACCACUUCCACAGGAAGUACUGCCACCAACGAUUGGAUUUGUAGCACCCGACGCAAAUCAACUUUUCGAGGCACAAACCAUUGAGCCUGUGCUAGAAACCGAACAAGUAACAACCCUAGCACCGCCACCCACAGCACCCAAGCCAACAGAUAGCUCAGCAGCUCCAUUGGCAAAUCCAUUCCGCAGAAGCAGCGACACCAUCGCACAUCCAGCGGCUGCUCCAUCGCCAUUGCACAGCUUCUUUACGCCAGCUAGCAACGGUGGCAGUGAUUUCAAUUUCUUUGCGGCACCCACGGAAGCUGCUCAAUUCCCGGAAUUGCCUGCUCAAUUGAACAUAGCUCCGCCUUCGCUAUCGCAGGAGCCACCACCGGCAACCACAACUGAUAGCAACCAAGUCUCUGGCGCACUUGGCUUUGAGCAACUGCUCAGCGACACACAGCAAAUUGUAAAUUCCAACGCAAACGUCUAUCAAAAUUCAAGUGUAAACUCUUUUUCGGGCUUUUUUGGCGGUCCAUCUGAGACGCCACAACUUGUUCAACAACAACAACCACAAAUUCCGGCAUCAGUUGCAGUUUCUACUGCUGCACCGCCCUCAGGAAAUUUCUUCGAUCAUUUUGCGGCCGCUGCUCCGGGACAACAGGAGGAUCAGCGCAUACAAAACUUUUUCAACAAUCCACCGCUGCAGGAUCAACCCGCUGCUCCAGGAGAACUCAAGUACGAUCUAGUCCACAGUGGUUUGCCCACAAAACACUUUGAGGGACGCUCCCAAACAUCAGCUUCGAAUCAGGUUGAGCCCCCUUCCUCAGCCUGCUCUGAUUUCUCUACGGCAACCAAGGGAACUCCACAGCAGCAGCAACCGCAGACACAGCAACCACAACAAGUACAGCAGCAACAGCAGUCCGAGUCUAAUCAGACAGAAGAUCUGCAGCAAUUGUAUCAGGGAGAAUUACCCGAGGAGAUUCUACAACAAUUAAGAAUGGCCAGCGAAAAGGGUCAGGCGAUUGCGCCGCCAGCCGAUACGGUUGUUUACACUCCUGUGUUGCUGCAUUGGUUCUACAAGCGCAGUGUGGACAGCAAAUUUGUGUGGACUCCAUUCAGCCAUUACGAUUCAGCUCUACUCGAGACUAGCCUGACUAGUGAAGAAUCGGAUUCAUCAAGCAUUGUGCCCGUGGAAGGUGGUCGCUACGAUGUCAACAUCAAGGAGCGCACCAAGACACCUGUCUUCUGGGAGGGCAAGGCCAUCGAGGUGCGACGCUGUUCCUGGUUCUACAAAGGUGUCGACUCAAAGUACGUGCCAUAUGCCGAGGAAACUGCGGCAGCACUUGAAGCUGAGUACAAACGUGCCACCGAAACGGGUGAAUGGCUGAAGAAGAUACCGUUGGGCAACGGCGAGCAGGUGACGAUGCAUGGUCCCAACGUCAUUGUACACUUUAUGCCGCCGUCAAAUGCAGAUACUUGGGGCGGCACCGUGCAGAGCUCGUCACGUCCUUUGGUGGUCAAGCGAGACUUAAAUGAUUUCAAAAUACAACAGGGUGAAUCACAGCGCGUAGAUCAUUUGCUAUUUAUGGUACAUGGCAUUGGGUCAGCUUGCGAUCUGAAGAUGCGCAACGUCGAGGAAGUUGUUGAUGAUUUCCGCAUUAUUGCCCAGCAGCUGGUACAAUCACACUAUAAGAAUUCCACAGACAUGGGUCUGGUGGGUCGCGUCGAAGUACUGCCCAUUGAAUGGCAUGGCCAUCUGCACUCCGAGGAGUUGGGCAUCGAUGAGAAGCUCAAGUCCAUUACGCUAGAGUCCAUUCCACGUUUGCGCAACUUCACCAACGACACACUUCUUGAUGUGUUGUUCUACACGAGUCCCAAGUACUGUCAGAAGAUCAUGAACACCGUGGCCGAUGCCUUGAACGAAGUGUAUCUGAAAUAUCGCAUGCGACAUCCUGAAUUUAAUGGUGGCGUCUCCUUGGCUGGUCACAGUUUGGGCUCGUUGAUCCUCUUUGAUUUGCUGUGCCAUCAGGAAACACUCAAGGAAAGCGAAGAGGAAAACAAAGAGAAUCCUGAUCAGUUGCCUCGCAAGCAGCUGCAUCAACAGGGGGCCGACCAGGUGCAGUUGCCCAACAACGAUAAAAUGCUACCCAAACAGGUCAGCUAUGCCAUGGGCAUGGGCGUGGCAGGCACUGGGCAACCGGUCAUCAAUUACACACAGUUGAUAUUCCACCCCAAGAAGUUCUUUGCUUUGGGCUCACCCAUUGGCAUGUUUGUCACCAUACGUGGCAUCGAUAAGCUUGGUCUUGAUUUUCGUCUACCCACUUGUGCGGGUUUCUACAACAUAUUCCAUCCCUUUGAUCCGGUUGCGUAUCGCAUCGAGGCCCUGGUUAAUCCCGACAUGAAGGGCAUACGUCCGGUGUUGAUACCACAUCACAAGGGACGCAAACGCAUGCAUCUGGAGCUAAAGGAGACAAUGACGCGCGUGGGUGCAGAUAUUAAGCAACGAUUCAUGGACACAUUCAAGACAACCCUGGAUAGCGUUAAUUUCCUGGCCACGGUCACUAAAGUCAAGAAGGAGGCCGAAGAGUCGCUAGAAAAAGAGAGCUCCUCCUCCUCACAGGUAUUCCAAAAGCAAACUGAGGACCAAGACGAAUCAUCAGUGGCGACCACAUCGACGCAUGCCCGUCAACGAACCGAUUCCGAAUCCACUACAACAUCAGAUCCAGAAUUCAUUGAAUUAGAUUUUCCACUUGGCAAGCUGAAUGAUUCAAAGCGCGUGGAUUAUGUGCUCCAAGAGGCUCCGCUGGAGUUCAUCAACGAGUACAUCUUCGCACUGAGCAGUCACGUCUGCUACUGGGCCUCUGAGGACACAAUUCUGUUUGUAAUGAAGGAAAUCUAUGCAGGAUUGGGUAUUAGCACCGAUAGCCAAGUGCCGCAGCAAUCCAUGACCAUUGAGAGGCCCAGCUCACGGACAAACAGUGUUAGUCAGUCGCUGUUGCCGAUGUGAGUUGACAAUUUGUGGACACAACACAGACAGACAGAUACACUGUUGUAGCUCGUUAUCUCCGUCGUCGUGUAAUACAUCAUUUAUUAUUACAAAUGUUUAGUGACAAUUUAUUUAAACUAUGUUAUUUGUUAGCAAAAUCAUACAAAGAAUUUUUAACAUGUGCAACUCUAACUUGGUUAAUGGUUAUAUCAAAUUAAGAAGUCUUGCAUUGUCAGCAAACAAACAUCCGCCAAGGAUCAAUGUUUGAAGAGCUUUACAACAAAAAAAAAACCAAAAUAGUCAGUCUAUGAAAAAACAAACGAUAAAUGUACACCACUAUUAUUUACUGCAUAUCUACUAUGUGCUGUUGUUCGUUUUGUAAAAUUGCGUUUAUAACAUGACUUUGUAACUUUUAUGCACGUAUGCUAAAUAAAAAAGUGUAUGUCCAACAAAAAUAAUCAAAUAUAUAAAUAAACUCAAUAAAAUGCAA